AUGAAUCGAUUAGUACUACUGAACACGCCUGAUCUCAUCGAAUGUUGUGUCAAUUCAGACCUCAAAGCUGUGGCAGAAAGACCAGUGGGAAUGAAUGAAAUUGGACAAAUCAAUAUUCAACAAGCACUUAUAGUGAAAGAUUUGAUACUGGUGUUCUUAGGAGGUGAAGGUAACUAUAUUAAGUUUAAUGAUAAGUAUAACAUAAAUGAUAACAAUCUCAUAAUAAAAGGUAAUGACUAUAAAAUCGUGUCACAACUCGAUGUAUCAUUGAAACUGUUGACUAAGAAAGUACUUAAAUAUGGAAGAUUCUACAAUUGUAUCACCAGAUUCAUAGAGAUUUAUAAUAAGCCUAUGUUUGGUAAGAUCCUUCAGCGAUUUAUUGAUCAUUUAAUAGGGUUCAAACAUCGAUAUGAAGAUAUUAUCAUUGAAAUCAUCAACGAGUUCAAGUUCAAUGCUAGCUUCACCCUUUUGAAAUUGAAGAAUCUAUUGGAAGAUAAAGUAUUGAAUGAGAUGAGACAUUACUUUUAUAUAAUCAAUGAUAUCCAUAAUGAAACUUUGAAACGACAACAGAAUAAUAAUGAGGAAUAUUUCCAUAAUUUCAUCGACUAUUUAUCCAAAGAUAUAAAUGAAGGUAUAGAUUCACCCGACUUAUCAACAGAUCUCAUGAAUUUCCCUAUUUGUAAAGGAGGUUCCUGUUUAAAGAUUCUUCAGGAUAGAAUAGAAAUGUUUAAAGGAGAUCAUGAAUCCAGUCAUUUACUUAUAGAGCUUUUCAAUAAUAUCAGUAAGAGUUAUAUAGACUCAUUGAAUCGAUGGUCGAUUAAUGGAAUUAUUGAUGAUCCAUUUGAUGAGUUCUUCAUUAAAGAUAAUCAACUUCCUAAAAAUCCUCAAUCAUGGCAUGAAAAGUAUUGGGAUGAAAAGUUUCUCAUUAGGAAUGAUGGUUUGAUCAAUCAAUUGAAUAAUAAAGAUAUUCAAAAGAAGAUUUUAUUGACAGGGAAGUACCUUAAUAUCUUCAAAAUUGUAUGUAACCUCGAGAACUUCCAUUCAUUUAAUGAAACUUUCCAACCUAUUGAAAAUUUCAAUGAAUUUGAACUCAAAGUUGAUUUCUUCUAUAAAAGGGCCAACAAAUUAAUGAUUAAAUUGAUCUUUGAGGGGUUUAAAUUCAAUGAUUUGAUCAAUUUCUAUGAAAAGGAGUUUCUUCUUAAUGAUGCUUUCACUGUUGAUAAAUUCAUAGGCCAAAAUUUGGUGGAUUUAUCAAGAGAUAAGUAUAAGGUUUCCGUAUCGAAAUUAGCCAGGAAUUUCAAUAACAAAGAAAUAGAAUUAUCCAUUGAUUCUACGAAUUUCUUUCAAUUAUGUAAAGAAAUCCUAAACAUUAAAUCUGUAGAUGCAGAAAAGAUCCUUAAUAGUGAAAAUGCUAAUGUCUUUAAAGAUUUAUUGAAUAAAUCCUUGAAACCUGAGACUUCCUCCGAAGUUAAAGAUAAAUUAGAUGACAUGUCUAUAUUUGGAAUCAACAUCGAACACGAAAUUCCGUUUCCUAUGAAUCUUAUCAUUAACCAAAGUUUCAAUUUUGAAUUCCAAUUGAUAUUCAAGAACCAAAUACUCUUGAAGUUCUUAAAUAAACUUAUUGAUGAUUCUUGGAAAGAGAUUAAUUUAUCUUCAGUAUGGAAGUAUAAACAUUUCAACAAAAGAGUUAAAAAAUGGAUAAUAAGGUGUAGAAUUCUCCAUAAUAGAGUCCGAGAUUUCAUCAAUGAGUUCCAAUAUUAUAUAAAUUUUGAAAUCAUAGAGAAGAAUAUUGUUCAAUUGAAUGAAUAUUUGAAUGGUAUUGAAGGAAAGAUAAUUAAUCAAACCAUUGAAACUUUUGAAGAACAGCUGACAUCCAAUGGGAAAUUCUUUUUCAAUUCCAACUAUAAUCAUCUUUUCCAAAGUAAAUCCGUGGAAACCGAUUUGGAAGUUAGUAGCAUUACUAAUAAUCUCGGAAGUUUCUUGAAUAACAUCUUAAGAGAUAGUUUCAUCACCAAUGAUAUCACCAUCAACAUCAUAAGGAAACUCUUCUACCUCAUCAUUGACUACAAUCAAUUCCUUUUACGAUUGAAGAAAUCUAUCAUCAUGAUGGAUUAUGACUUAUAUAUGGAAUAUAAUGAAAUAUAUCCAGGAAAGUUCCAAGGAAACAUUGAUGAGGAAUCUAUUGAAUCAAGAUUUAGCAAUUUGAAUAGUCUCCUAAAUUACUAUUAUGAAUCAUUCAAUAGUCUGUUGGGAGAAUUCAUGGUGGUAAUCAAGAAUUUAGGGGAUUUAGAGAACCAACUGUUUUUGGUCCUUAUGGAAAAAUUAGAGCAGUGCUUCCCUGAUAACUAA